AUGGCGGCAGCCAUUGCUUCGCAGGUACUUCUUGGCCCUCAAAGUGCCCUGGCCGGGGAUCGAGAUCGCUUGUCGAUGAUCAUCGGCGUGAGGAAGAAGUUUCUGCCCAGAAUCCUGAAGUCCUACAAGGAGCUUCAGGCCGCAGGCACCGUCACGGAUGAGUUUCUGGAUGAGAAGAAGAUGAAAAAGUUCAUCACCGCUCUCAUGAGCUACGGCAGCAUCCAACGCAUGGAUGAGGCUCCAGACAAGAUCUCCAGGAAGCUUCAAGCAGAUGCCAAGGAGGUGGAACAGUACCUGGUGGCCAAAGACUAUGGGAAGGCGAUGGAGACCUUAGAGACCUAUCGCUUAGGCUUUGAGGCGGCUCAGCCACCCCUGUCAGUUGCACGUCGCGCAUGCGUGUACGGCAGCUGGCUUUGCUUUCGCCCCCCAUAUGCUCCAAGCUGCGUGCUGGCUGCGACCACUGUGGAGGAGCACCAGGCCUCACAGGCGGCUUUCCCGGAGAAAGCUGGGGUGCUGGCAUUCGUGUCCAUGGCUGCGGCCGAUGCCAAGAGCAUGACCGACGAAGAGAAGUUUUUCUUCGAUCUCAACGGCUUCAUCCAUGUGCGCGGCGCGCUGAGCGCCGAGGAGGUGAAGAGCCUCAACGACGGCAUCGAUGCGCACCGAGGCGAGAUCAAGGAGAGAACAGACACUGCGCUUAGAAAUACAAGAGCCGAUAGCCCGUUGGCCGGCGAUGGGAAGACCGGGCGCCGGGAUCUUGGAGGAAUGCUAGGCUGGCCAAAGCCUCAUUGCCUGCCUUGGCGCAACUUGCUGUCACAUCCGCGUUUGCUGCCGUACCUCACCACGCUCUGCAGUCCCGGAUAUCGCAUGGAUCAUUUGCCCUUGAUCAUCACGUCUUACAAGGGUUCCGAGGGAUUUCACCUACAUGGAGGGCCAUUGACCGAGGCAGGUCACUUCAACCCAACCUUGCAGUAUCGAUGUGUCAACGGCCAAUUCUACAACUCCCUGUUGGCCAUGUCGGUGCAGUUGGUGGACCAUGCGCCCGGUGAUGGCGGCUUUUGCGUCAUUCGCGGGUCGCACAAGCUGAACUUUCCCGUUCCACCCGAUUUUCUUCAUGGCGCUGGUGCUGAAGCAAAGGACUGCUGA